AUGUGCACCCCUGCUUCAAACUCUGAUAGUGAAGAAAUAUAUGACAAAGCUGCCGAGUAUUGGCAACAAGCAAGUCAAGAUGUUGAUGGAAUGCUUGGCGGGUUCGCUCACCUUCAUCCUGCUGAUAUAUCAGUGUCCAGAACGUUUAUAGGAAAUUUGAAAAGAAAAGGUUUCCUUACAAGCACAGACUAUGCAUUAGAUUGUGGCGCCGGAAUAGGUAGAGUAACAAAGCACCUCUUGCUCCCUCUUUUCAACAAAGUUGAUAUGGAAGACGUUGUAGAGAACUUGAUUGUGAAGAGUGAUGAAUACAUCGGAAAGAACCCAAAAGUCGGCGAGAAAUUCGUAGAAGGUCUCCAGACUUUUGCCCCCCCUCAAGGACGUUACGAUUUGAUAUGGAUCCAAUGGGUCUCUGGUCAUCUCACAGAUACUGAUUUUGUUAGUUUUUUUGAAAGAUGUAAGGAAGGCUUGAAACCCGAUGGCGUUAUCGUCUUGAAAGAUAAUCUCUCAGCCCAACAAUCUUCUGAAUUCGACAAUGAGGAUAAUAGCUGGACGAGACCGGAAGACUUGAUUCUGGAGUUAUUUGAGAAAGCAGGGCUGCGACUUGUAGCACGGAAUCUCCAAACGGGCUUCCCUAAAGGAAUGUACGAAGUCAAAAUGUUUGCUUUAAAACCUUGA